AUGUCUAGCCAGCCUCUCCUGCAAACUGCGCCGGGCAAGCGUAUUGCGCUCCCGACUCGCGUUGAGCCCAAGGUCUUUUUCGCCAAUGAGCGAACCUUUUUGUCAUGGCUCAACUUCACCGUCAUCCUUGGAGCGCUGGCCAUUGGCAUGCUCAACUUUGGCGACCGGCCCGCCUUUAUCUCGGCCUUCCUCUUCACCGGCGUGGCCAUGCUCACCAUGAUAUACGCCCUGGCGACAUACCACUGGCGUGCCAAGAGCAUAAGGCAGAGGGGCCAGGCUGGAUUCGAUGACCGCUUCGGUCCGACCAUGUUGGCCAUUGUGCUGCUGCUUGCAGUCGUGGUCAACUUCGUUUUGAGGAUAAUCUACUCAAAUGGCCAGGGUGGAAAGAAGAACUAG